CAUUUCUUGUUGGUUAAUGCUUCAGGAUGUUGGGCGGUGGCCAUUGAUAGCGCCGUUGCCCUCUUAUGGAAGAGGAAGAGAACGGCCUGGGGGAAGGUAUAUGAGCUUCAUCCACGGUAACGGUCUACAUGAUGUGAUCAUCACAUGUGAAAGAAACUUGUGGUCCAUAUAUAUCUCUACCUAGAUUCUACAUGCCUCAGUAUGUACAAAAAUCUCAAUUCAACAGAAUGUUUGCCGGUUGAUAGGGGAAAGUGGAACAGUCGAUGGCCAAGGCGGCAUCUGGUGGGACAUGUGGAGGCGAAGAAAUCUCAAGUUCACUCGACCAAACCUGAACUCGAGAGGCGUUCUCAUUUCCAAUGUCAUUUUCAAGAACUCUCCCUUUUGGAACAUACAGCAGUCAUGUUGUGGUUCGAUAUGUAACGAUUCUUGCUCCUGCCGACUCCCCCAACACUGAUGAUGGAAUCGAUCCAGAUUCAAGCUCCAAUAUAUGCAUCGAGGACUCCUACAUAUCCACCGGGGACGACCUAGUAGCUGUGAAGAGCGGGUGGGAUGAAUACGGGAUCGCAUUUGGUCGCCCCAGCCACAGCAUCACCAUCAGAAGACUAACCGGAUCAUCGCCAUUUGCUGGCAUAGCAGUUGGAAGUGAAACCUCCGGUGGCGUGGUGGACAUCCUGGCAGACCACAUAACUCUAUACAACAUGGGGAUCGGCAUACACCUCAAGACCAACGUCGGCAGGGGAGGAAUGGUGAGAAACAUAACUGUGUCGAACCUCUACAUGGAGAAUGCUCGGACAGGGAUAAAGAUCUCAGGCGAUGUAGGAGACCACCCGGACGAGUACUACAACCGGAAAGCUCUCCCGGUUCUCAAGAAUGUGGUGAUCAAGAAUGUUUGGGGAGAAAGAGUCCAGCAACCCGGCCUCAUCCGCAGCCUUAAAAACGCACCAUUCACUGAUAUUUGCCUCUCCAACAUACAUCUCGGUGGCGCACGGCCGUGCCAGUGCUCUCAUGUGAUCGGAGCCGCCGUUCAAGUUAGCCCCUCGCCGUGCGCUCAGCUCUCCCCCGCCAGCAGUUAGGUGCAUGCUCCUCUUCCUUCUAAAAUCUCCCUAAUUUGUAGCUCAUCCUUUUAAUAUGAAGAGCCAGUAAAUUUUAUAAUGUGUUAUACUAGCAAUUAUUUUGUUUACAUGAAUUGAACACAAUCAAUCACACACCAGCAAACAUUAACACAAAUGGGGGCAAAUUUAUUUACAUACAUGUAUACAUAUAAGAAGUGGUAACAUACAUAUCAAAAUACUAUAUAGGAGCAGGGGAUUAUUAUUGGAGAAUCAUUGAAGUUUCUAGAAAUAAUUGUUCAAGAAUUUACGCACGCCCUUGAAGAAAGGGGAUUUCUUCGUCUUCUCUUCCUUCUCAUUUCGGAGAAUGAAACGUUGCUUCAAUAUCUUCAGCUUCUUCUCGCGAUCGAACCGAUCGUAAUCGUAGUGUUUGAACACGACUCUCUUCCCCCGAUCAACCUCCUCUUCGUUAUCGUUGUUGGUGUCCUCGCUGCGACGGCGAAGGUGGUGGCGGUGCAUCCUUAUCCACCGCCCAGGGAUCCGCUUGCCUCCGCCGCGAACAGCGGGCUGCUUGAAGUCGGUGUUCUUGCCGGAGACGAUGAGCAUGUCGUUUCCGAGGGAGAUCUGGCGGUUAUCCCUCACGGUAGGCUGCUUGAAGUCGGUGGCGAUGAGCAUGUCGUUUUCGAGGGAGAUCUGGUUGUUAUCCCUCAC